AUGAGUGGCGUUUCUGAAUCUCGGCUCAUAACUCUGGUCUUUGUGGCAGCCACAGAGAGGCCAUGGGUGGUCCUAAACUCAAUCAUUCUAGCCACGCUUCUUGCAGUCUAUCUCGUCCAUAGAUCAGAGAACGCCCGCAGGCUGAAUGCUCCUGGAAUUCCACUUGUGAGGGGUCCACGAUUCGGGGAUUUUCGUCAGGUUAUGAAGGAAGCCAACUUAAAGUAUUCUGGACAGCCAUAUAUGACGGCAUUCUUCGACCCCACCGUUGUUAUUCCCUUUCAUUGCGUGGAGGAGCUCAAAAACAGCCCGGACGCGCAGAUUUCCGCUACUGGUAAUAUGGAAACUCGGUUUUCCACCAAACUCGUCGGUAGUGGAGACUUGAGUAAAGAAUUAGCUGCCAGUGUGAAGUACGAUCUUCCCAGAGGGGUUGGUGACUUCUUCUCGGCCCUCCAGGAAGAAACCAAACUUUCUGGAGAUCAAGUACUUCCCCAUUCGGAUACGUGGACACGCAUCGAAGUGCAACAGGAUCUCGUACAGAUUGUAGGCCGGGUGAUUGGGAGGUUCAUUGUCGGUGCACCCCUGAAUCGCGACAAGACUUGGCUCAAGGCCUCUAUCGAUCACGCUAUCGCUGUCAUCAUGUUUUCAUUUUGGCUUCGGCAGUUUCCGAAAUUCCUUCGCCCCUAUAUCGCACCCUUCAUGCCUUAUAAAAGGAUGUUGGACGACUCGAAAAGGGUCAUCGAAGCUUCUGUCCGACCUCUAAUCCAACAAAAACUAACAGGGAGCGCUGAGACAUCAGAACCGCUAGAGUCGGGCAGACUUGUCCAGUGGCUACUCCAAAGACACAACUAUGCCGAGAACCCCGAAUAUGUAACAUCACAAAUCGUCAAAGACCACAACACAUUGUGCUUCGCAGCUAUACACGGACCAAACGUGCUCCUCGUACACGCGCUUAUCGACCUCGCAUCAUACCCACAAUAUGUAAUCCCGUUACGAGAAGAAAUCGACCGGGAGCUCGCGCAGGCUCCGUUCGAAGAGUGGACGCAGGAGACAGUUGAGCGGCUAGAAUUUAUGGACGCCUUCUGCAAGGAAAGCUCGCGCAUGAACCCCCAAAGUGUCAUCGCCUGGUUCCGCAAAACGCACCAACCAAUCACGCUCUCAACAGGCCACAUAAUCCCCGCGGAAACACUAGUCGCAUCGAUGAACCCGCUCUUCACGCCCUCCGCAUUCCCUGAGAUCGAAGACGCGGGGAAGUUCUACCCGGAGCGGUGGAUGAAGGACCGCAGCAACCCGCACCCGGACGCGAGUUUCCGGUUCGGGUCAGCGACGCUGGAUUCCAUGACUUUCGGGUUCGGGAAGCAUUCGUGUCCCGGACGCGCUCUAGGGACUACGAUGGUGAAGGAUGUGUUGGCGUAUAUUGUGAGUAAGUGGGAUGUUAGGCUGGGAGGGGGACGCGUGGGCCGUCCGGAGAAUGUUUAUAUGGAUUUUCAGACUAUGCCGCCGGUUUUGCCGCUUGGGGAUGUUUAUUUGGAGGUUAAGGCGAGGGGUUCGUAGAUAGAAGUGUUGAAUGCUCAAGAAUGCAGGGCUAAUGUCAAGUACCUACUACAAGGUAGGUACAUCAUAUGCAGUCCGUAGGCUUGGAUGUGUAUCUACUACUUGCUUUUGUACUGUAGCUAGUGUAUGUACAUCUCGUCGGUAUGCUGCAAGUAAGCAGCCACUAUCUCGUCGGUGGGAGCAUGCAUAAGCUGGUGGAUUUCCCAUCAUAAUAUUUCACAAUUCCUUGACAUAACCAUCGUGUCU